AGCGACGGACGCGCGACGAUGGCGGACCUAGCGUCGGCGAAGAAGACCCUCGAUGGGCUGGUGAAGGCGUACGCGGCGGGCGAUGCCACCAAGACCGCGUCCCUCCUAGGAACCCUCAAGGUGGCGAUCACCGCGUUCCCCGCGCUCCCGCCGCUCUUCGAGCAGACCCCGACGGCCGUGGAGGAGCUCAUGCUCGCGCGCGACGUGCUGGAGCACGCCACGCUCUUCGCGGUGUCGCAGCAAGACGACGCUGCCGCCGAGCGCAACUUUAACCAGCUCAGGCCGUACUACUCCGACUGCGCGGGGAUGAUUCCCCCGUCCCCGAGGCAGGCGCUCCUCACGGGCCUCAACCUACUCCGCCUGCUGGUCCAGAACCGCAUCGCGGAGUUUCACACCGAGCUGGAGCUCAUCCCGAACGAGGCGCACGACGAUCGGCACGUCGCGUUUUGCCUCGACCUGGAGUCGUCCCUCAUGGAGGGGGCGUAUAACAAGAUCUUCGCCGCGAGCGGAUCCAUCCCGACGCCCGACUACGCGCACUUCAUGACCAUGCUCAACGCCACGGUCCGGGACGAGAUCGCGGCGUGCGUGGAGCGCGGGUACACGCGCCUGGGCGUGAAGGACGCGGCGCGGCUUCUCGACGUGGACGCGGGCGGGAUGGACGCGCUCGCGGCGGAGCGGGGGUGGGCUCGGAGUACGGACGGCGGGGCGUUCGUGUUCCGGGAGGAGGCGGCGCCGCCGAGCGCGAAGGACAUUCCGAGCAUGCGGCUGAUCAACCAGACGCUGCUGUACGCGAAGGAGCUGGAGAGGAUCGUUUAGGAGAAUGCUCAACACUCGUCGGGCGAGAUUAAAAAGGUAUGAUGUGUCGUG